ACGAAGCAUAAGCAACGGUUUACUGCUACGGUUACCCAACUGAGGUCCGGGACGCAGGACGCACGCUCCGCACCCCCGCUCUCACAUUCACAAACCGCCCGUUCCAGACGCGCGCCUAGUGUCGACAGUGAAAUUCAAAACAAAAAGGUCGUCAGUGCCUUAUGAGGCUUGGUGAGUGUCGGGUGUGCGCGUGUUCCCUCUAAGCUUGUAAAGGGUCGCGGCAGGCCCCAAUGUGCAGUCAGUGAACAGCUAGUGUACGCCAGCUGCAGGGCCGCCAUGGGCUGCACCCGCGGGCUUUGCACCUCACAGAGCGUCUUCAUCUUUAUCAACAUCGCUUUUGCAAUGUACAGCGGCGCACUGCUGUCGACGGCGGCGCGGCUGGCGUGGGACCCGAGCACAUACACAUGGUUUCGAUUCCUGUGCGCUGCACAAUAUCGUGUAUCGCUGGCAUACGUUCUGGCUGCUGGGUUGUGGCUAGCGGCCCUGGUAUACCUGGCAGUUGCUGCCGGUGCCGCGGCUGCAGCUGCACGCCGCCCCGCCGCCGCGUUGCACACUUAUGUGGCGGGUGUAUGCGCCCUGGCGCUAAGUGAAGUGGCGUAUGGUGCGUGGCUGGUCGCCUCUUUAGCUGCUUGGUGGCGCGCCGCGCCUGAAGCCGAACUGGCGCGCAAAGGCAUCGACUUAUUACACGAUAUUAAACCGGCGCUACUUGCCGUCGAACGCUACCGCGAUGUCGCACAGCCACUCUACAACAUGAUCGAGGAGGUGGAAGCACGCGCCCCAAACAACGCCGUGAUAGUGAUAGUUUUCGCGGUGCUGGCGGUGGUGCUACAAGUGGCGGCGGUGGUAGUGGCGCGACGACUGGCACGCGGAGGAGUCACGGCAGGUCGGCGGUGCGAGCCCGGCGAAGUUGGCGAGGUGGACAGUGACAGCGAGGCCCUGGAAAAAAGCGCGCCUCCAUCUGCACCACCCGCGUCAUCACCGCCACCGCCAGGAUGGCACAAAUCCGCUAACUUGCGGAUGUACACGAUAUUAGACAAGAUUUUCUAGCAGGAGGAGGGUGAGUCUCGCAAGAGUGUGACUCGUCCUCAGAGAGAGCCUUGCGAGUCGGAGCAUGGCGGGUCUGCAACAGCAGCGACAGCGCGCGACGCACGGUGGGAUGCUGUGCACGCGCAACUGGCUGCCGCCGGCGGACGUCCUGCGCGCGCUCCCACCGCUCUCCUCAUCCUUCACACAGACCUCUAGCCGUCCCCUGGUUUGAAAAACCUACUGUGUGAGCGGUAACCGCUCCUUAUAUACGAUGAACGAACUCUUGCCCUGUUAUCUUCUCCUCUAAUUGUUUAAGGUGUUAUUUCCGACUUCAAUACUACAUAAUAUCAUUUAUUCUCACGUACAACUUUUAUUAUGGCACAUUACAAGAACUUAAUAUUACAAUAAUUAAUAGUGAGAACUAGGUACGAAAGUUGUCUAAUGCUAAUUAUUAAAAUUUACGUCGAUAUUGAAAGGCGUUUUUUGAAAAUACAUAUUGUUUAAACAAACGUAUAUAACGAUUUCAAGUAUUGUAGGUAUAUAUCAAAAAUUGGUUAUAAUUGAUUUGUUAAUCGAUAUACGAAGCGGCAGAUUGUAUGUAAUUUUUCAUAGAGACGUAAGCAGGCCAGGUAGCUCAGGCAUAACGCAGAACUUUGAUAGACAGUUUUUCAACGAAAAUCAAUAACGCACACUGCCUCCACUAACGAAUUAAUCGUUUUCUUACCAAUUGUAAUAUGUAUUUACAUUCUAUUAAAAUUGUUUCGCAAUCAUAGCAAUACGUACUCAACGUCUUUGGGUUAAGUUCCUCAAACAUAGUUUCUUCCUUCAUACCGUUUGUUAAAAUACAGACGGAACGUCUUGGAAGUAACUGGAUUUCCGUGAUCUAUUCUCAUAUUUCGUUAUAAAUAAAUAAAUUGAAUGUAUUUUACACAAAUACGUUGAAAUACGCAUGUGUUGCAUGAAUCGGAACGAACUUAAGCUGUUAAACAGACUGCCAUAUUAUUUAUAAUAUUAAAAGUAAUGUUUAAGUAGAAAAAAGAGGCGUGAAUCGCCAGUGAUAACGUAACGUAUAUCUAGCGUAAAGUUGACUCAUAUCACCUUUGUAUUGCUCGUAUUGCAUGUGUUUGUGAUUCCUAGAUGGUAAGUGUUCUGUUACAACGAGUGGUGCUAUAUCACUGCAUUUUGUACGUAUACUACGUACGUUGAUACGUAAUAUUUUAUCGUCAUACUUACUGUUUUUAUAGUAACGUAUAGUUAAUGUUCUAAAGCACAACGCGAGGUUCAGAUUCGCCGGGUUCCUUUGUCACCUGGUUACACGCCAGUGACAGACGCAGUCGUAGCGUUCCGGUGCCAAAUAGCUUUAAGUUUAGUGAAGUAAGCUAUGAUUUAUUACUGUUGGGCCGUCUGUUUGCUAACAGAAGCAUAACUGUUUAAAGUAAUGCCCCACGACUUUAACAAAUUAUGCAUUAUAAGAAAACUGGUUCAUACUAGACAAUAAGUAGCGUCAUAUGUCUUCGAGCUAUUAAAAUACUUUAACUCAAUAAAUAAAUAUUUUUAUACCGUU